AUGAAGAGUCCCAUUCGAGAUGGAAAUACACACAUCACCGAUGGAAAUCGUGGAAGUCUCUGGCGAUUUCGUGAGAAGCGAGUUGACCCGGACGCCCCUUACCUCCUUGUUGGCACCAAAGCAAGAAUCGGCCAGCCCGCUCUCCGAGUGCCGAACAAGCAGCUCCGAGAGAACUGUGCUAUCUGGAUCAAAGAGGCCAUUACGAAGCUUCAGGAAGGUGGUCUCGCUGAUGAAUUCGACAUCCCGCGCUUCAUGGAUGAUGCUUUGGCUUUCGCCGGCUAUCACACCAAACAUGGCCUGGGCAUGAAGUGCCACUUUUCCACGGCUGACCAUUACUUCUUGCACACGAAAAUGAAGUGUACCAUGCUCAACUACACUCAACGACGCAUGUCGUGA